UUUUGAAAACAAAGCAAUAUUUCGAUGUUUAGUCUAUUUCAUCACCGUUAAAAUUAUGCGAAAGUUUUAGUAAAUGUUAUUCGUUUUAUGAAAGGUUGAAAGUGAAGAUGAAUUUUUUUAUCAUUGUGGUGUUGUGUUUCGUAGCUGUGAAAGCUGAAAAUCCAUUCCCUUGUGAAGACGCCACAUGGCAAUGUAUAACAUGGAAGAAAUACUGCAACGACCCAAUGAACAAAGUGUAUAUGGAGAUGAACUGCAAACGAACUUGUGAGUUAUGCCCAAAAUGCGAAGACAAAUCCAGAUUUUGUAGUUCCCGUCGAUCAUUUUGUAACGAUGCGUCAAAUAUUGAUUAUAUGAUGAAGAACUGCCCUCAUACAUGUGGCUUCUGUACUGUACCAACUACAACUCCACCACCACCACCAACUCCAUCAUGGAAAGUUAUUCCAGCAGGUCAAUGUGGUGUCCCAAAAAUCCAGACUAGUCGAGUCAUCAAUGGUGUUGACGCAAAGAGAGGCUCCUGGCCAUGGCAGAUUUUAAUACGUUUCAUGGGUCAGCCUCAUUGUGGUGGAUCCAUUAUAAGUCCUUUCUGGAUCGUCACUGCAGCACAUUGUGUGUCAGGAAAAGAAGAUUUAAAAAAAGAAUUCAAAGUUAUUGUGGGAGAUCAUGAUUUCAAUCAAAAUGAAGGAUCAGAGGUCGAACUUGGUGUGUCUGAAAUCUUUGCUCACGAAAGAUAUCAUCGUUCUACAUUGGAUUAUGAUAUUGCAUUGAUCAAAUUGAAUCGACCAGUUCCUUUCGAUAACCAAUACAUCUCCUCUGUUUGUCUACCAACAAAAGAUGAAGUCCUCUCGGUGGGAGCAACUUGUUACAUCACAGGUUGGGGGAAGAUUAUGCCGUUUGAUGUAAUGCACAACGUUUUGCAACAGGCGAAAUUACCGGUUGUCGAGAACACAAAAUGCAGAGCUCUCAACACCAACUCUACAAACAUACCGGUCACACCCAGGAUGUUAUGCGCUGGUCAUGGUCCAUUGAAUCCUACUGGAGGUUGCCAUGGUGACAGUGGUGGUCCAUUUGUAUGUCAAACAGGUGCAGGCGGCAGUUGGGUGUUGCAUGGUGCUGUUAGUUGGGGAUCCGGAUCAUGCAGCAGUGCGGAAGCGUACACUGUUUUUGCAAGAAUCUCGUACUUAAGAGAUUGGAUCGACAACAAGAUGGCUACAAAUUAAUUAAAAAUAUUUGUUACAAUAAAACUUGAAAAAACAA